UGUAAUGAAGCAAUACCUUCAAUUACCAUGUGCAGUAGAAAAAUUCAAAUAAAAUGUUCACUGUGUCCAUCAUUUUGUUCGGGCUCACAAAACACGUUUUGUAAUACUUCUGCCAAGCAGAUAAAAAUUAUCAGUACAAGUUGCUUUUUUUUUUUUUUUUAAAUCCGAAAUACCUCCUUCACUACACUUGAAUCUCAAUGAGUUCCGCCACCCACAGAGACUGACUGACCAGUUCUCCAAGUUCCUCCUGAUGUUUCUGCUGACUCCCUACUCUUCUUUAAUUGGGGGGAAAGGACUCUAUCAAUAUUUAGAAAAGGAGCUUUAAAAAAAAAAGGUAGGUAUUAUUUUGCAUUCAAAAGAUAUAUGAGGAACUGAAAACUCCUACGUGGUCAGAUGGGUUCACAGAAACCUAGUAAGCAAGAUAAAAAUAAUUACUUUGUCAACAUGUGGUCUUCCGGGGAUUUUUUUUUUUUUUCCAAUUUGGAUAAGUGUAAAUCCUAGGUAGCUGCUGGAAGAAUGAAUCCGAUACUUUGUAAGUGGACGAGAUCCUAUGUCUCUAAUAUAGGACUUAUCUUAAGUCGCUCUCCAGUCUGGGGCUCAAAUAUUUUCAGAGGUCUAAGAACGACAUAGGAUGCGUAUACGUAAAGAAGACUAGCUUUGAGGCUCCCUUCAAGCUCUCAGAUCAUUCUAUAAUGUGCCCAUUUCUUUCAUGCUGCUUUCUCCAAGAAAAAGUUGUGAAUUGGUUCUCUGGAAAGUAGAGAUGGCAGGUAACCUUGCUCCGAGGAUAAUAGAGAGAAAGGAUUCUGAUGGGCUCAAAAGGCAAACACUUCAAAAGUCACACGCCCAGCCCAGAUGACUUCCAAACUGGGAUAGAAAUCACAACGCCGGAACAAAGAUGGCGACUGCACACCAGGACUCGCCCGAGCCCCAUAGACUCUGCACUGCGGCAGCAGGGGAGAGGCAGCAUCCUAUUGGUCAACUGAGAUGAAAUCAUCUCGGGGGCGGGACUCGACGGUGGCGUGGGGGCGGAGCCUUGCUUGCGUACGCUGGUCGGCGACUCUGCUCAGCCUGAGCCGGGGUCGCUUUGCUGCGGCGGCUGCGGUCGCGGCGGCGGCGGAGCCGGCGAGAGGUUAAUUCUCAAGCCAAGUCAUUUUCUCUCUUGCCUCGGAUUGGAGUGAACUACCAUCGCCACCAUGGGGGAGCUUUUCCGGAGUGAGGAGAUGACGCUGGCCCAGCUAUUUCUACAGUCUGAAGCUGCUUAUUGCUGUGUCAGUGAAUUAGGAGAGCUUGGGAAGGUCCAAUUUCGGGAUUUAAAUCCAGAUGUGAAUGUUUUCCAGAGGAAAUUUGUGAAUGAAGUUAGAAGAUGUGAAGAAAUGGAUCGAAAACUCCGAUUUGUUGAGAAAGAGAUAAGGAAAGCUAACAUCCCAAUUAUGGACACCGGUGAAAACCCAGAGGUGCCCUUCCCUCGGGACAUGAUCGACUUAGAGGCCAAUUUCGAGAAGAUUGAAAAUGAACUGAAGGAAAUCAACACUAACCAGGAAGCUCUGAAGAGAAACUUCCUGGAACUGACUGAAUUAAAAUUUAUCCUGCGAAAAACCCAGCAGUUUUUCGAUGAGGCUGAAUUGCAUCAUCAGCAGAUGGCGGAUCCAGACCUGUUGGAAGAGUCCUCAUCACUCUUGGAGCCAAACGAGAUGGGAAGAGGCGCACCCUUACGACUUGGCUUUGUGGCUGGUGUGAUUAACCGGGAGCGGAUCCCGACCUUUGAGCGCAUGCUUUGGCGAGUGUGCCGAGGGAAUGUGUUCCUGAGACAAGCUGAAAUCGAAAACCCGCUGGAGGAUCCUGUGACUGGCGACUACGUGCACAAGUCUGUGUUCAUCAUUUUUUUCCAAGGCGAUCAGCUGAAAAACAGGGUCAAGAAAAUCUGUGAAGGGUUCCGAGCCUCCCUCUAUCCCUGCCCUGAGACUCCACAGGAAAGGAAAGAAAUGGCUUCCGGAGUCAAUACCAGGAUCGACGACCUCCAAAUGGUUCUGAAUCAGACGGAGGACCACCGCCAGAGGGUUCUGCAGGCAGCUGCUAAGAACAUCCGCGUCUGGUUCAUCAAGGUGCGGAAGAUGAAGGCUAUCUACCAUACCCUGAACCUGUGCAAUAUAGACGUGACCCAGAAGUGCCUGAUCGCAGAAGUCUGGUGCCCUGUCACUGACCUGGACUCCAUCCAGUUUGCACUACGAAGAGGCACGGAACACAGUGGGUCCACUGUCCCCUCCAUUCUGAACAGGAUGCAGACAAACCAGACACCGCCGACAUAUAAUAAAACCAACAAGUUCACGCACGGCUUCCAGAACAUAGUAGAUGCUUAUGGGAUCGGCACUUACCGAGAGAUUAACCCAGCUCCGUACACUGUCAUCACCUUCCCCUUUCUGUUUGCUGUGAUGUUCGGAGAUUUUGGGCACGGCAUUUUGAUGACGCUGUUUGCUGUGUGGAUGGUGUUGAGGGAGAGCCGGAUCCUCUCCCAGAAGCACGAGAAUGAGAUGUUUAGCAUGGUGUUCAGCGGCCGGUACAUUAUUCUUCUGAUGGGACUGUUCUCCAUCUAUACUGGACUCAUCUACAAUGACUGCUUUUCCAAGUCUCUGAAUAUCUUUGGGUCAUCGUGGAGUGUACGGCCAAUGUUCACUCAAGGGAACUGGACGGAGGAGACGCUUCUGGGGAGUUCUGUUCUCCAGUUGAACCCCGCUAUCCCUGGAGUUUUUGGUGGCCCGUACCCGUUUGGCAUUGAUCCGAUUUGGAACAUUGCAACCAACAAGCUGACCUUCCUCAACUCCUUCAAGAUGAAGAUGUCUGUUAUCCUCGGCAUCAUCCACAUGCUGUUUGGAGUCAGCCUGAGCCUUUUCAACCAUAUCUAUUUCAAGAAGCCCCUGAACAUCUACUUUGGCUUUAUUCCUGAGAUCAUCUUCAUGUCCUCGUUGUUUGGCUACCUGGUCAUCCUUAUCUUUUACAAGUGGACAGCCUACGAUGCCCACUCGUCUAGGAAUGCCCCGAGCCUCCUGAUCCACUUCAUAAACAUGUUCCUCUUCUCCUACCCAGAGUCUGGUAAUGCAAUGCUGUACUCUGGACAGAAAGGAAUUCAGUGUUUCCUCAUCGUGGUGGCGAUGCUCUGCGUCCCUUGGAUGCUUCUGUUUAAGCCGCUGAUCCUUCGCCAUCAGUACCUGAGGAAGAAGCAUUUGGAAGGGCAACCCGUGGAGGCCCCAGUCACACCAACCCCGAGCCAACAGGGACUAGAGGCAGCACCGGCUGCAACAGGAACUCUCAACUUUGGUGGGAUCAGGGUGGGCAACGGACCGACAGAGGAGGAUGCUGAAAUUAUUCAGCAUGACCAGCUUUCCACCCAUUCAGAGGACGCAGAAGAGCCUACCGAGGACGAAGUGUUUGACUUUGGCGACACCAUGGUCCACCAGGCCAUCCACACCAUUGAGUACUGCUUGGGUUGUAUCUCCAACACCGCGUCGUACCUGCGACUCUGGGCCCUCAGCCUGGCCCACGCACAGCUCUCUGAAGUACUUUGGACCAUGGUGAUCCACAUUGGCCUGCACGUCCGGAGUUUGGCCGGGGGUCUAGGGCUGUUUUUCAUCUUCGCCGCCUUUGCCACGCUGACCGUGGCUAUCCUGCUGAUCAUGGAGGGCCUCUCGGCCUUCCUCCACGCGCUGCGGUUACACUGGGUGGAGUUCCAGAACAAAUUCUACACUGGGACUGGCUUCAAGUUCCUCCCCUUCUCCUUUGAGCACAUUCGGGAAGGGAAGUUUGAUGAGUGAGUCUGAGGCAGGGCGCAUGCCCAGAGCAGCUCCCCUGCCCGUCUCCACAGUGAUCAGCUGUGUCUCUCUUGCCUGCUGGUUGUGAUCCCUGGAUGCCUGGGCCUUUGUGUCGCCCUGCAACCCCUUGUCCCUGCUGUGACUCACUUAGGUAGUGCUGGCCUUGCCUCGGUCUCUCUACCCCAAAACUUUGGAUUGAAUGCUGAAUGACUGUGCCUGAUACUCACCCAUCCCCACGGCACCGGCUAGGCCCCUUGGCCCCCCAGACAGACAGCCCUGUUCCACCCCCUGCUGGUGAGCCAACCUGCACAGCCACAUCGGGGCACAGAGCCCUCAGGAUGCAAGGGAUCCCUCUUCAGUCCAGGAGUUCUUGGUCACACCUUGGAGGAGGAUGGUAAUUGGUCCUCUCCUACAGGGGGACACUGCUUAUGAAACACAUCCCACUCCACUAGCAGGGACAGUCAGGAAGAUGCUGCGGUCAUCCCUUGCCCAGCCCUCUCCAGUUAAUAUUCAGGAAAUUAGGCUGGCCCCACCUGGACCAUCCCAAAGGUCCCAGGAUAGCCACCACCCUCCUAAGCACCCCCUCCUCGAGCCCUGUUGGCGCAGCAUAGCAUCCCUGGGACUGGGGGGGUCUCACCGACUUGCAGCACUGGGCUUCCGGAUCUUAGGUUCCCUCCACCCAGUCUGUAGGUGAAUGGGCCUUGCCCAACACUACACCCCAAGGCAGAAGUUAAAAUUGGCCCAUCUCUGAGCCCUUCUGCACCCUGAUCAUGAUGUCCUGAGGCUGUGGUCAGUAAGGUUGGUUCUGCUGGCAGGCCUGCCUUGAUCUGCCCACUGAGACUCCCUCCCCAAGCCCCGCACUGACCCCAGGUUUCAGGAGUGGUGUCCUGGGCAGGGAAGGUCAUUUACAAUUUGCUAAGCGGAGGUGACUGUUGGGCUGCCAGCGCAGGUAUGGGAGCGCUGCCCAGGCCUGCCAAGCCCUCGCCGGCUACCUCAUGUACUGUGGAUCUCAGACCCUUCUAAUCAUGUGCUGACUCCUGCAAUUCACUCACUGCCUUCCCUGUGGAAGUGACACUAAAUCAGCAAGGCCCCUCCCCUCCCCCACCCAGGUGCUCAUGAGAACUACCCCCACACUCGCCCAGGCAGGACCGGCCCAUGGUGACCUUGUUCUGAACCCCUCUGUCCUUUUGUGCCCGGUUACGUGAUCUUUGCUCUGUUUGCAGAGAGGCCUGCAGCAGAGCUCUUUGUGGGGACCCUGUCCAAGGCCUUCUGUCCAGACAUCUUAUCCGGAAUAAAGUGUGUUUGACUCUCAGAAAA